CGAGCUAUGCUCCUACUCUCGUAGUACUCGUGUUGUUUUCAAAAUCCCAGCGUUUGAGUGAACAAAAAAAUUGUGUAGAGGAAUAUUGAGUGAACUGAAAACUUUUUUAUCAGUGUUUGUGAAGUGACUUUCGCCUAAAGGAUUAUUUUUACAAUUGUUAAGAACUUGAAGUGUCUUCACAAAGAGAUUCCUUCUUCAGUGUCAGGCAGAAUUUUCUAACACUGGACCAUGCUGGUCGACGAGAUGCCUCGUAGCUUCGUCAAGAAGAAUAAUAGCUACAGUCACUGUCCGCUUAAAAAGCGACCAGUGCACGUCAUGUUGUCCGAAGAAGUUCCAGAAAAUACGAAAGAAGAGAUAAUCGAGGUGGUCGACGACCUUCCUGAGCCAGAAAAUCUGAGCACGAAACCAGAAGAUCUGAGCAGGACCGCCGAGAAACUUCGAAGAUGUUCAAGGUCACCCUCGCCAACGGUUCACACCUUAUUAGGAAAACGAGCCGCCUCUCCAAUAAAUCAUCAUCAUCACCAGACCCAUUAUCCGAUCAAGUCCACGACGCCACCUGUCGGAAUUGCACCAGUACUCCCAGUCGCGAAAAAGGCCCGAGUCGAGAUCAUCCAGCAUGACCAAAUUGCCGCGCCAAUCCACUUCAUGGCAAAGACGCCCUUGGAACCCUUGAACCUAAAUACGCCAAUCGAGCCGCUCCACUACGGAACUCAAGCCUGGACACGAUCAGCUCCACUUUAUCCUCCCCACUAUCUUCCCUAUCCAACCUAUCGCUACCAUCAUCCCGGAACGGAACUCUAUCCAUCAUAUCCGGUGCCCUAUCCCCAUUCAUCUCCCGAACACGCAUCCAUUUCUCCCCCUCCUCACGCCGCUCUAACCUGUCCGACGAUUCAGCGACCAAUUGCAAGGAGUAGUUACCCCCACUGGGCGAGUCCCGACCACUGCGGCUUGUCACCAAACUCGCUGAGUUCGGGCUCCCUCGGUUCCGCAUCGCUUGGUUCCGGUUCCUUGAGAUCGCCACCACCAGUCACUCCCGAGGAUCUCUCAUCACCCGGAAGCGACAGCGGAAGAUCAUCGGCCGGAAGUACAUCAGCCGGACCAACGAUCAAUCAGAAACUGGACAAGCCUCUGAGCUCGCCAUCGCCUCGUUACUCGUGCCCCGACUGUGGCAAGUCCUACUCGACCUAUUCGGGUCUCUCGAAACAUCAACAGUUCCACUGCGCCUCGGCCGAGGGUCAGACGAAGAAGAGCUUCUCCUGCAAGUUUUGCGAGAAGGUGUAUGUGAGUUUGGGGGCGCUGAAGAUGCACAUCAGGACUCACACUUUGCCGUGCAAGUGCCAUCUUUGUGGAAAGGCUUUCUCGAGGCCGUGGCUUCUUCAAGGUCACAUUAGAACGCACACUGGGGAGAAGCCGUUCAGUUGUCAGCACUGCAAUCGGGCGUUUGCGGACAGAAGCAAUCUGAGGGCGCACCUGCAGACCCACAGUGAUGUCAAGAAGUACUCGUGUCCAUCUUGCAGCAAGACUUUCAGUCGGAUGUCCUUGUUGACGAAGCAUCAGGAAGGCGGUUGUCCGGGAGUUCCGGUUCCAAUGGGCUUCUGUUGAUCUUCGAUUUUCUGAGUCUGUGGUUGUGUAUGUGUGUGUGUGCAAAUUCCUGAUUGGAAUAGUGCCUUUAGUCUCGCGUGCGAGACAAACGAGUACAAAGCAAAAAUUAAGAUAAUAGCUUCCGGUGUAAAUAGCGUGAUAGAUACUAUUGCCGACUCUGUGCUUAAAAAUGAGGAAAAUAUUUAAAGAUACCGCUUGACGCGGUCCCGUGAAACUGGCGUGCCAUUUUAUAUACAUUUUCAUUCAUGCGUUUUAAACGCCCGUGAAAUUUUUAUUGUCGAUCCGAGUUUUUUUUUCUUCUGAUUUUCUCGGUAUUUAUUUUGCGUUCUUAUGUUUUUUUUCGGCUUGAUUAAUUUCCGUAAUUUUAAUAAUUUAUGCUUUUAGAUUUAAGCAGUGCACCGAAGCACCAAAGUGCCAUUAAAUAUUAUUUAUAUAGAGAAUUAAGUGGAUUAUGAGUGCGAAAAGCUUGCAAUUUUUACCAUUUGUACAUAUAUAUAUUGGCGAAGAAAAUGGCUUGUAAGCGACACAAGUAUUAUUUGGUAUUUAAACAAAAAAGGCAGAGGAGCGAAUUUUUAAUUCAAUUCUUCUUAAAAUUCGUUUGUAAUUUGUACUUUUCUAUAAUUUUUAUGUUACUUGAGAACUAGUCAUUAUGUAUUAUAGAUUAUAAAGAGAGGAUUGUCAACGCUGAAAAUCAGAUCUUCAAGAAAAAGUGGCUACAAUUGUCUUGGGCUACUUUUUUCUCAGAGCGUUUACUUCUAGACUUGUAAAGAAAGUAAAAUAUGAAAUGAAAAUAUCACUUAUAUAUAUAGAGACUAUUUUAUACGAAAUAAAUCCCUGAAUUUUAAAUUU